CAAUCUACAAAUGGCUCGGUCAAGAAAUGUGGAGUUUUUAAGAUAUUACACGAGAAGAUAAGAAAAGAAAAGAAAUUCCAAUCAGAGAGUAGCGCCUUUCGAGAGACUUUCGCUGAAGCCGUCAUUCACAACAGGGACCUUGAGCAGUAUUUGAAUAAAGCACAGGAGAUACUGACCCCGCUAAAAGUAUUGAAUUUAUUUCGUAAUAUUCCCGACGAGGAUAUUGUGCUCCUUGGUAUGACACUGGCAGCUGGUAGACCUGAGGAUCUAAUAGUAACUCGUUUACUUGUCCCGCCACUUUGCAUUAGACCCUCUGUUGUAUCAGAUACUCAAGCUGGAACUACUGAAGAUGACGUUACUAUUAAGUUGAGGGAUAUUAUUUUUGCUAACGAUGUCAUUCAUCGUCAUCGGACUACUGGAGCUAAAGUUGAAAUGAUACUAGAGAUGUGGGAUUAUCUUCAGUUGCAAGUUGCUCUCUAUAUUAACAGUGAAGUGUCUGGCAUCCCGCCUUCAAUGAUA